CUAGUUACCAAGCAGAGUAGUCGAGACUUCUCAGCGCUAAAAUUUAAACCUUUUUCUUCUCUUUCAACGUAGAAUAUUUUUGUAACGGAGUCAAUAGAGAGGUCAUCCGCCGAAUCAUUGAUACACUAGUAGGACUUUUCCUGGAGCAGGUCAACAUCAGACUCAAAGUUAUCCUGGUCCCGACGACCGAGGAGAUUCCAGAGUCUGAGAUCAUCGCGACCAAUGUGAAUACAAAUACAGCCAUGGGAAGUAUCGAGUACUGCUGGUGCAGAUGGACUAGCGUGAUGGGUAAGACAGGAAGAAGAGUCAUCUAUUUCUUACUGCUCGUUUCUUGCACCGCAAUCAUAGGCCAAGAGGUCGAUUCACAGCCACCGAAAUGUCUGUUAGUAGGUUACGAGAUGAAUAUCACUUUGAAAAAUUGCCCCGGCAUGUCGAUGGUCGGUAUAAAUGUUUGCAGGGGAUAUUGCGAGAGUAUCGCCUUCCCUACGAAUCCUGAAAUACGUUCAAAGUAUCCACAAGCAUUGAUAACGUCCAAUGGCGGAUGCUGUAGUAUAAAAGAAUAUGUCAAUUUCACAACCACGGUUCCGUGUGGAUCGGAAACAAAGAAGGUCACCUUGCCUUCGGCGACAUCGUGCUGGUGCCAUGAUUGCAUAAAUAGUUAGUUCAUCAAUCACCGUUGAUAUCAUUUUUAACUGUCUUGAAUUUCAACAAAUUCUUAGCUAAUUGCCUCUAAACUUUCUGUUCUUGUUUUUAAUACCGCUUUCGUUUUGUAAAAAUAAAUGUUAUCACGCAACGUAGACGACAUUUGAAGAAGUUGUUAAAUAAAAAAAAAAAAAAAAAAUUCGUUGAUGUAGAUAAGUACUUAUUGCCGUCAUACUCAUUAAACACAUUACUGCAGGUUGCGAAAGAUGUAUUUAAA